GCAUCAUGGUGACGAUGACUGUGGCAUUUCAUGAUUGGCGUGCUGUUCGGGAUAAUUGUCAGUUGUGUUUUCUUUGUCGUACAGAACUCGCGGCGGCGGAAUAUUCAAGCAUGCUACCCUGGCAGCGCAACCAUGUCCACUGUCCGCCGUCCUGCUGCAUACAGGGCCUACAUCCACGAAGUCUCGAAACAAACACACAUUAUCCAACUACAAGGUUUCCUUUUCUUUGGAACGAUCGUGCGCGUUGAGGAAAAGUUACGGAGUAUUGCUGAGGAUCCGGACUGGCGAACCAACCCUUUACAGUUCAUAGUCGUAGACUUUUUUUAAGUCUGAAUUUAAGUGUGUGAGGGUGGUUCUACCCUAUGUUGCACUAUUCUAGCGUAGUUUGACGAUCUAGCUUUGGCCCCCUGUGGCCUACCAUUCCUUACCAGCGAGUGAAUGCCCUGAUGGCAGACCUGUUGGCC